AUGCCGUAAUUUUAUUAUUAAUACUUAUACCACUAUUUGAGUAGUAAAAUGAUUAUGAAAUUAAUUCAUUUCUCUUUUGACAAUUAGCUUUGUGAAUAUAUCAGUGCAAAAUCCAUAUAAAGUGAUUGCAGGAUUAAUCAGUACAAGCUAUUAUCAAGAUGCCAACAAAAAUCAAAUGGGAUUGGGAAUAAAAGCGGUAUUUCACCCAAAUCCAUUGGUUGCAUUUGUAUUAAUCAAAGUACAGUAAACUCGUAUUUAUAAACAAAUUAAUACCUAUACACAAAAAUAAUAUAGGUAAAAGGCCGAGCUAAAAUGAUUUAAUAAACUCUCCUUUAUAACCUUUAGAGCAGCGUUAAGACUUAAUGAAUGAAAACAGUUUAAUUUUAAAAGCCAUCUCUGUUUUUGGAACAGUGUUGUGUGAACUAAAUUAAAUUGAAAUUACAUUAAUUAAAUACAAAUAUGCUUAUAAGGAUAAUCAGUAUUAGUUUAAUAGUUAUGCAUUUUAAUAAACGACUUAAGUUGGAAACGACUAAAAUGGUUUUCUUCUAUAGUAUAUUGUGGACAAGAUAUAACCGGACACGUGUCAUGUCAUAAUAUCGGGUGAUCCAUUUAAAUGGGUACAUUCAUUAUCUUAGAAAGUAUUAACUUUUUCCGGAAUUUGUUUUUCAGAACAUUUAAGAAAUAAGCUGCUCUACAGUUUUAUAUUUAUGAAAUUUAUUUCUAUUAUGCACAGGUGCGGACUGGUAAAAAAGGGUAAGGGAUGCCACAUAAUUUUAGAGUAAAUGUUAAUAUUUAUUGAUGCAAAUUAUAAUAGAAAGAUAAAUUUUAAAAAGCUGACAUACUCUGUACAAUAGAUGGCCUGGAUGGGUCACUUUUAUCAGUUAGGAACGUAAAAUAUACAUAAAGUAAUUUAUUUUAUAUCUAGAUAUACGCAAUCAGUACAAACGAAAAACGAUUUUGAAGCAAAUUCAAUUAAAAUGUUUCGGCAAAUUUAAAUUGAAAACUGUAUAUUAUUUUACAACCACAAAAUUGUCAUUGUUUUUAUUUUAACGAAUAUUGUUUAACAUAAAAUGUUAAUAAAAAUAAAUUGCAAAAUCUAUUGUCAUUCACACGAAAAGAAAAAAAUAUCGAAAAUGUCAAAUAGUGACAAAAUAUUUUGAAAACAACACGUCGUAUAAAAAAUGCAUAUAGUUAUAUUAUGUAAUGCAAAAUAAUCAAUGAUAUAUUGAAUCGUUGUAAACAAAUUAUUUAUGAUAUAUUUAUUAUAGAUCUAAUACCUUUAUUGUAUUAUCAAAGAAUUAUAACUUUUUCAUUAAAAAUGCAUAUUAAUUUUAAAUAGAUUGAUUAUGUUGAAUUACUAAGGAUUGGGGUAGAUACAUUUUUGGGGCAUGGGAUGUUAUCUUAGUAACCCAGUACCCCAGUCAGUCAGUGUCUGAUAAUGCAUUUUAAUGUUUAAGUAUAUAAAUAAAUAUUACAAUUUCAAUUAAACCACAUUUAUUCAGGAAAAAUAGGAACUCAUUAAUCAAUGUUAUUCGAUAAAUCUCUAAAAUCUAUUAUAAUAUUCACUAAUUAAUUUCGUUUUAAUCGUGGACAUUUAAUGUGCUGCUUGCCUUAUCUGCAAUUAAGUAGAAUUCUUAUAAAAAGGGCAUUUACUAUAUAAAUUAACAUUGACAUAAUAUUUAUUUAUAUUAAACUACUAUUAUUUUACUUGCGUCCAGGUAAUUCCCGAAUUUCGGCUCACAUUGUUUGUGGAUCAUCGACAGUUGAUGUACAAUGCAAAUGAAUCGGUAAAUGAAAAUUGCGAAUCUACGUAUUGGUUUAUGAACAAACGUGAAGUUAACAAAAAGGAUUUUUUUUAUGAGUACUUAUUAAUGAACCAGAUCCCGUGCCCGUACAAACACUGUCAUUAUUCUAACACGACUCCGUGUUCAAUUUUCAAAAAACCGAAAGUUAGUACAAAUACCUAGUAGAUACCUACAAAUAUUUUAUCUUGAAAUAAAUUUAACAAGCCCGUAAUAUAGGUAGGUACUAAUUAACAGGCUACAAUUAGUUUACGCACAUUUUAAAAUUUCUCAGUUAAAACCUGGAACUAGUUUGCUCAGAGGAACUAUUACUACUCGACUAUGUACAUAAUAUUAUAAAAUGAACAUCCAACACAAUAAUAUUAUGCUAUAUAUUUAUACAUCCAUGUUUGUAUAAUAUAUCUACAUCCUACACACAUUCAGACAAUGGUAUUGCCGAUAAUAAAAGAUUCAUUAUGAUUAAAACUAAACCUAAAUUAAAAUAAAUAAAAAAUAAUGUUAGUGACUGUUAUCGAAAAGAUAUAAUACAAAUACUUAAAUAUAUUGAAAAUAUACCUUGGUAGUCGAAAGUUAAAUACCUCGGAUUAGCGUUAGAUAAAAUACUAACUUGGAAGCCCCAUAUUUCGACAAAACUACAGCAAGCCUACCGAUGUCUUUCAAUGUUAUUUCCUAUAUCAAAUUCAAAUAAAAAAUCCACAGUACACAGGAAAUUAUUUAAUUAUCCUUACUAUAACGCUGAUGAGAUUGCUAACUUUGUGGGUUUAAGGUUUCUAAAAACUAGAAGAUACUAGCAUAUGAUGUAUCUUUUAUUUAUAUGAUCUUGAAUGGUGUUAUCGACUACCCUGAAUUGUUACAAAAAAUUGGCCUUCUUAGGCCAAUUUAAAGUACUCUCUUUUAAAUCCAAAAUUAAUCCAUCUUUUGCUACUCCUCAUUCUAAAAAUAAUUACUUUUCAAAUAGUCCAGGGUGUCGUCUACCAAUAUUAUGUAAUAAAAUUCAUAAUUUUAAUAUUUCACAGCUUAUUGCUGAGUUUAUCAGAUUCAAUGAACUACAACUUACAUGCGCAACUACCUCAACGUCGACUAAAACGGGGUCGUUCUCAUAACCUUCUUAGUUAACUUGGUCUGCUCAAAUAAAUCGUCUAACUUCUUGUGUCAUAGACACUUAUUAAUUAUUUUAUUUUAUUUUUGUACCAUACAUAUAGUUAUAUCUAAUUACUAUUGUAAUUAUCCUCCUACUUUAUAAACACCAUUAAUAUUAUUUGAUCGUGUUAAAAUAGUCAAAAUUCAUUAAUCUGUAUACAUCCAUAGAUGUAGAUAACCUAAGCUAGGAGUAUCUUAUUUUUUUUAAAUUAAAAAAAAAACUUAAAUAAAUAUUGUGUAUAUGAUUAUAUAAUAAUUCAAGAACCGCAAUCAAGGUAAAUCUUUGAAGUAAUUAUAAAGAGAUAAAAAUACGAUUUUUUUUUCAUAUUACAACGAUUUCAUUAUUUAAAAUGUUUAAGAUUAUAUUUUUCUACUAGAAAUCUUUGUCCUAAUUUCAAAAGUAACAUAUUUUCUGAAAAAACAUUUUGUCUAGUUUGUGAGUACGAAAGUCGUUGUUUGAUUUUCCGUGCAGUUUUCAUAUUAAUGACGAAAAUCUUAAGAACCAUGGAAAAAUGUACGACAUUUGGAUUUUUUGUUGUUAUUCGGAUAAAAAUUAUUGUAGAGACCUUUAGUUUUCAAAAAAUACUUUGCAUUUUGUAAACAUUCUAACGAUUUUUAAGAUAUUUAUAAAUAUUUGAUAUUUUCGUGCUUUUAUAUGCAUUUUUAUUUAGUAAGUAUUUGUUAUUAAAAUUAUAUGACUUAAUAGAAAUGCUUGAAAAUUUAACACAAGGUACAUUAUACGUUUUACUAAGUGGUUUAAAAAACAAAUUUGAGUUAAAUGCAUUUUUUUUUUUCAUAAGCGUUUUAAGAUCAAAUAUUCACACAAAACGUAAAAAUUACAGUAUUUCAAAAUAUGACUUCCCGAACUCUGCUCAGAAUCGUUUUUCGUUAGCAAUAAUUUUAUCUUUGCGUACAGCGUACAGAUGUAAAUUAAAUAACUUUAUGUAUUCUAUCUUCUCAACAACAGUGGCUGUACCCGUUCCCAAUAUAAGAUCUUUUUUAUAUACAAUAACUUUUUCCUUAUAAAAAAAAAAAACAGAAAUCAACAAAAGAAAUUUAAUUUAACGUGGUUGCCCUUUUCACCAUCAUCCUUUUUUCACAGUUAAUCGUUGUUAGCAGGUAUUUAUCAUUAAGAAUGGUACUUCGUUCAACCAAAUUAAAUAAUAAUACCCUAUAGUUGUUUUUAUCUGUGUAUAACCAAGGUAAUCCAUAAAAAAAAAAAAUAAAUUUCCAGUCCAAAAAUAUCAAAAACGCCAUGUCAGUCAGAUUUCAGGGGUUAAAUUUCGAGAUAAAAAGUAGACAGUAAUCGUCCUCUUGUUUUGAAUGUCAAUUGUACAAAGUUCAUCUAGAUCGUUAUAAAACUGUAUAUUUGUAUAGCGGACAGACAGACAGACUCAAUUUUAUACAUAGAAAUAAGAAGGUAUAAUUAACGAUGACAAUAACACAGUUAAAAUACAGCCCCUUAUACAAUAUAUUUAAACAAAUUUAAAACAAAAAUAACCUAUUUGGGAUAUCUAUAAAUAUUUUAUGUUAGGAAUUUUUUAUAAAAAUAAUGCCUUAACCCUAAAAAAAACCUUUUUUAUCAUGACGAGUUUGUGUAGAUAAGUAGCAUAACGGGAAGUAUAGUACGUAUUAGAUAGGUUAGUACAUCCUAAACAUACCUAUACUUUUUCAGAAUUUACCGCCACCGGAAAUACCUGAAGGUAUUUUAGAAAUGUAGUAACUAGAACGUAUAAAUUCAUACUUACUACAUUCCUAAAAUUCUAAACAACGGAAAAAAUAGGUACGUAAUUAUGAAUAGUACUAGUUACUAUAGUUACUGUGUAGCUACUACAUAGCGAGCAUGAAUUUAUACAUAUUGUACAUUCCUAUAAUAAUUCUAAACACCGGAAAGUAUAGGUACCUGCAGCUGUAGGUUUAUGAUUCUCAGUUCUUAUCUACAUUAGAUAUAAUUUAUUUUGUAUAUUCUAGAUCAACGAUGUAUCUGCCACGAUAUUAUGUAACAAUCACCUGAUGGGUUUUGCCGAAUUUGGAUAUGAAAAUGGUCGAUCUGUGCAUUAUCACAGAAUCACCGAUGACGUUAUUACGUGGAUGAAACAAUGCCUCAUUAUACAAUAA